AUGAAUUGCUUACCCGAGCGACUCCAGCCAACGGAAGCGGAUAAGAGCUCCAGAACUGGACACCUCGGACCUGGUCAAAGAAAAUGCCCUGACGCUUAUAGGAAGGCUGACAAACCCAAGAGAGCAAAGGCUGAGAGCUAUGAGCCGGUCAUAUCCUCCCACUUCCCAUCUCAACUUCCCUUCUGGAUCCGCCUCAAAGGACUACCGCUCCACUACUGGAAAAAGGAGCUACUAAGCGACAUUGGACGAGAACUAGGAACUCUCCUAGGAUAUGAGAUUACAAAACUGGAGGCCAAGAUCCAUGUCUCCAUCAACGCACUAGCCCCGCUAGUGAAAGAAUCCGUCAUAGAACUUGUUAAUGGAGAGGAAGCGUUGGUAAACCUGGAAUAUGAAAGAUUGGGCUUUCAUUGCUCAACCUGCAACAAACUUACUCAUACCUCAAGAGACUGCGAAGAAAACACAAGGGAAAACAAAGUCGCUGCUAGGCUCAGCCAUGAACCAAACACUAGGUCGCAACCACGACACUAUGAAGGAAAAGGGGGAGGAAGAACAUACAGAAGAGAUAGGUUGAUGCGAUCAUGGAUGAGAAGGUUCAGGCCGAGCAGCUCAUGGCUGAGGAAGGAGAUGGAGCCGAGCAGCUUAUGGCCGAGGAUGGAGAUGAGGCCGCGCAGCUUGUACCUGAGGAAAGCAUGGCCAUACCAACUGGUCCGAUCACUCGUUCACAAACUAAGGCACUGA